GGCCGUCGCGCGACAGUUUCCAUUCUUCUUCGAUUCAAAGUAGUAACCACAAGUACCAUACCCCUAUGUGCAGCAUGGGAAGCAGCCAGAAGCAGAUGAUUGGAUCGAUAGCCGAGUACAACAGUUCCCUGGACGAUUGGAAUGUAUACUACGAGCGGUUGGAGCAGUUCUUCGAAGUCAAUGAAGUUCCAGACGAAAAACGGAGUGCCUUUCUGAUCAGUGUGAUUGGGUCCGAGGCGUACAAGAGUCUGCGAGACCUGUGCCACCCGGCCCUCCCCAAGGAUAAGCCUUUCGAGUUCCUGUGUGAACUACUGCGGAAGCAGUUCAGUCCGCAGAUUUCGAUCUUCCGCGAGCGGGUCAAGUUUUACAACGCCCGUCAGGAGACGUACGAAAACGUGACUCAGUGGUAUGGAAAGCUGAAGCGACUUUCGGUGGACUGCAAAUUUUCGGGAAAUUUGGAAAGUGUGCUGUUGGACAAGUUUAUCACCGGGUUGCGUCCUGGUCAAGUGUUGGAUCGACUGUGCGAAGAAAGCGAAACGCUGAAACUUGAACAAGCGUUGGAUAUUGCAGUGAACAAAGAGUGCGCAGCCAAGGAGAACGCAUACGCUCCGUACGUUCCUGCUCCUCGUGUCACAAAGUGCUUCUUUGGAGGUGAACCAGUGAAACGUCUUGCGGUGUGUCCUCCUGCCCCAAGUGGAUACAAACCACAAGCGCUAGGGUUUGCCGGUGGAACUGACCAAGCCUUCGGUACGACUUUUGGAGCCCCAUCCGCGUUUAAGGCCCCACAAGCGUUCUCUGAUUGUAAUCCACCACCUACAUCAUUAUUCGGAGCACCAAACCUUAUGAAUCAGCAGAGUUUUGAAGCUCCACAGUUGGAAUCUGCUCCGUUGGCUCUGGCUUGCGCGAAGAAGGCGGACAUCGCCGAUCUGGCCGAACAGCCGGAACAGGAUGGCGUACCGGAAGGAGCUAAUCGAGCUGGCGCUCCAGCUGCGAAAGGUCGACGAGUCCGCACUAGGAGGCGUGGCGGAGCUCGUCGCGGCGCUGCUGGCGACGCUGGUGAUCAGAAUUCUGUCGAUGGAGAGUAGUAGCCAAGCUGAUUUGCUUAAACCGAAUAGGUGACCGAUAUGAGUCAUUUGUAUUAAAUAGGAUGAUAGGUUGAUUUUUUUUUAUUGAGAGAAUGACGAGACUAGAUAGAGAGCAAUAUAUGUAAUAUAUUAUGGAGUAAAUGUGAUAGGUCAGUUAUUUUAGAUUUAUGAAGCAAUUGCAAUACUAACAGUUGAAACCCAACUAAUAAAUGUUAAGCUAGAUAUUUAAAAAAAAUGACAUUAACUGCGCAGUGAGGGUUAGACUUUAACGUGAUAAUAAAAUUCUGUGAAUUGUUGCCAAACAA